UGUGUGUGUGUGUGUGUGUGUGUGUGUGGUGUGUGUGUGUGUUUGUGUUUUUGUGUGCUUUGGGGGGUUCCUGGUCCGAUGCCCCCACCGUAUUGUGAGGGUGGCUUUUCAGCCCUCUACUCUGAGGCGCUGCUGGCGCGCGCGCGCGCCUCGCCCCCCGCGCCGGGGCCACCCUCGGGCCCUCGGCGGCCCGGUCACCCCGCGCCCCCAACAAUGGGUGCCGGCGGCUCGGCUCCAGACCGCCGCGAGGCCGUCGAUCGCUGCGGGCUGAGCGAGGAGCAGUACGGGGCGCUCCGCGGGGCCUUGGGCGCCGAGGGCUCACCCGGGGAGCGCGUGGAGCUGCAGGGGUUCCUGGCGAGGUUCCCCGCCGAGCUGCGGCCCGUGGCGCUGCCGCUGUUCUUCCAGCUCGGUGGCGAGGGCAUGGGCGUCUCCUCGGGGACGCCUCCUGGGCCAGCUUCGUGGCGGGCGUCGCGGGGCUGGUGCACGCUGGCGGCGACUGGGGCGCGCUGCUGGGGCUCUGGCCGGCGGAGGGCGGCGAGCCGCAGGACGAGCUGCUGCACGCGGAGCUGGCCGCGCGGCUCUGCUUCUGGUGCGCCGUGGGCGCGGGCGCGCCCCGCGGCCAGGGCGGGCCGGAGCCGGGCGCGGGCGCCGACGCCGCCGAGGCGGAGGGCCCCGGGGGCGCCGCCGGUGCCGGCGGCGCCGACCCGGAGCUGCUGAUCGCGGCGCUGCGGCCUCCUGGCGAGUGCGGCGAGGAGGCCGGCGCGCUGCAGGCGCACCUGGAGCGGGCGGCACCCAUGCUGCCGCGCGCCGUGGGCGCGAGGGUGGCGACCCUGCUGCUGGGCGCGCCCCCGCCACCCGACCACCUGAGCGCCGUGCUAGCUCAGAGCCGUGCCGUGCAGGGCGACGCGGGGCUCCUGCUGCUGCUCCGGUCGAUGGACCCGCUGCUGUGGUACUCCGACGACUGGCGGCCGCUGUUCCGCGACUGGAAGGACGGCCAGUCCUUCGGCGCCCUCGUGGGGGGCACCAUGCACUACGGGGGGCCCGCGCUGCUGGUGGUGCGGACGGCGGACGGGCACCUGGUGGGCGCUGUGUCCUCCAGCUGGAGGGAGCUCAACGGCAAGUUCGGCGGCGGGGCAGACUGCUUCCUGUUCUCCGUGACGCCCACGCUGCAGGUGAUGAGGGGCAGCGGGCGGUCCCAGAACUACAUGUACUUCAACUCUAAGAAUAGGCACGCGCCGAGGGGUAUCGGCUUCGGCGGGCAAGCAGAGAUGUGCCGCCUGUGGCUCGAUUCGGACUUCGAGCGGUGCCACGUGCUGGAGAGCGACGCGACGUACCAGGAGGGGCGGCUGCUGCCUGGAGACGACUACCAGAUCCCUCUGGAGUGCGCCUGCGUCGAGGUCUGGGGCUGCGGCGGCGCGGAGGCAGCCGAGGCGCAGGGCGAGCAGAGGUCGCGAGACCAGGGCCUGCGGGACCAGGCCAGGAAGGUGGACCGGGCCCGGAUGCUGGAGACCGAGUUCGACAAGGAGGUGCUCUUCGAGAAGGCCUUCGCGAAGGGCUCGGCUUCCAAGCACACCGACCAGUGCUGACCGCGACCCACACGGCGGCGGCCGCCGCGCGGGCCGCGCGGGCCUCUCCGCGCGCCGGCGCCGAGCCGAUUUGAGUUCACAGCGCUGGCCUGUAACAACAAAUCCGGAGACCUGCGGUUGCCUCCAAAGGCCUCUUGGGUUUGGGGGGACUCCAGGAGCUCCUUCCAUUUCGGC